GAGAGAAGGCUUUAAUUUGACUCCAAAGUCUAACUUUCCAGGCACGCUUAAUUCAUCGUCACCAAAUUUAUUAGCUAGUUCCAUGGAAGAAUCUAAUCAAUUUCUUCAGAACGGGUCUCUUUCUCCUCAUUUGCCUAAUACCGUCGAACUUCUUCCAAAUCAAGAAAACCAGCACCUGAAUGAUCAAUCCCACGCCAGAAACCCUAAGUCAAAAAUAGAUUAUUCUCGGUUGACUAGUCAGCUUGCAGAAAAUCAAAAUUCUCUUAACAUGGGAUCUGAUGAAAAUAACAAGCACAGAUCCUUGCAUCCUCUGGAGGUUCAAUUGCAAAGCCUGAGAAUUGAUUCUGCAAUGAAAGGACUACUUCAUGAAAGUCUUGUUAAUCAAGAAGUACUGUCUGGAAAUAAUAAUAUUAUAAAUAAUCAAAUCCUACUUGGAAACUCUGGGAUUGGACCAAGCCAUGUCCAGCAAGUCCAAGUAGGCAACUUUGGGAUUGGAUCAAACCAUGCCUAUAAAGGGCCACCUCGUGACAAAAUUUCAAACCAUCAAACCCUAGCUGGAAACUUUGGUAUUGGACCAUGGCCUGGUUGUCAUGUAGAACUACCUCAUGGGAACAAUACAAACAAGGAAACCGUAGCUGGGAAUUCUGGGAUUGGACCAAGCCGUGGUUAUAAUUCUUCUGAUGCAGGAAGACUAUUGAUGAGACAGCAGAGAUAUAACACCAUAACAUCACUAGAAGCUGCAACGGAAUCAAGGGUGGUUUCAAUGUCAAAAGAGGAAGAUGGGAGUGAAUUUUUGGUGAGAAUGUUGGAUAUGAAGAACCCUGGAGAUAUUGAAUUCAUUUCAAGGGAGGUCAUUGAUCACUUGCAAGAUCUAAUGAUGGAUCAGUUUGGGAGUCGUGUGAUUCUAAAGUUUUUUGACAUACUCAAUGAGGAUCAGUUGACUUCCUUUUUUGACAUGAUCACUAACAAUUUGCUCCAGUUUGAAACUGUCUGUAAAAACUAUAUCGGAAGUAGAGUUAUACAAAACAUGAUAGAUCAUUUUACAACAGAAAGGCAUAUAGAUCACUUUACAAAUGCUCUGGAGCAAAUUGUUGUCCCAUUGGCCACUUCCCCACAUGGUAGUUAUGUCCUUCAGCAUUUCAUGGAAACUUGUCCCCCUUCUUUUUCAAAGAAUAUAUUAGAUGUAAUGGCAUUUGAAUGCACUCAUAUCGCCACAGACAUAAAGGGUUGCUCUGUUCUUCAAAGAUGUCUAUCUUUUGCUACACCUGAGUCUUCUCUCUUGUUGAUUUGGGCAAUUAGCAAUCAUGUAUCAUUUCUAGCACCACAUCAACAUGGGAAUUAUGUGGUGCAAUAUGUAAUAAAGUUGAAGAUGUCUAGACUUAAUGAAGAUAUAGUAAAUCGACUCAAAGGCCAAUAUGUUGACUUGUCUAUGAACAAGUAUGCUAGUAAUGUGGUGGAACAUCUGUUGCAAUUCUCAACUGAUAAGAAUGUUGCUGUUAUAGUUCAUGAGAUCAUGGCUAGCCCUAGAUUUUUGCAUCUUCUUCAAGACUCUUAUGGGAAUUAUGUUGCUCAGAAAUCUUUAGAAUGCUCUGCGGGACAUCUCUACCAUAAGUUGGUGAACCAAAUUUCGCAACAUUUUAGAGAUUUGCGUGCUGACCAAUAUGGAAAAAGGGUUUUAGAAUUUAUGUAUGGCAGACGCAAAUUUCAUCCAAAAUUUUGAAGAAGAUCAACAAAAGGGAUUUGGAAUGUAACUGUAAAAUGUGCAUCGGAUGCAAAUCUUUGAUGUACGGGCCAAUUUAGUUGUGUUGUUAGGCUUUUAAUUUGUUAUUGGUAGUUGUUUUAAUUUGGAGGUUAUAGAUUGUACGUGUUUGGUAUGUGUUUAGUUUUACUAAGUUCUAUUCAUAGUUUGUAGAAUUUA